CGCACCAAUAUUGCCAAAUUAGAAAUUGCCAAAACGCAAUCAAAAUGUACCUUCCAUCAGCACAUCUGGUCAAGUAGAUCGUCGUUCGUUCCGACCCCGUAGAUCCCGACUGUUCGCUGUUACCAGUGACCUUGUCAAGAAUGCGGUCUGGUAAUGCAGUCAAUAAAGCUAACAAGGCUACUGCGACACAACUGGAAGCGUGCAUCUCGACAUCUAUAGAGCUAAAUGGUGUCAGAUUGCAUCUCGCGGUUAAAGCCUCUUCAGAGCUGUCUGACGUUGAACGCGAACGAAUAUGGAACAUUUUCGAAUCCAAUAUGCGCCUGCUUUACGCGGCGUCGUCAUUUGGCUGGGAUCCUCAUUCAAAGAAAGAAGAGAUGUUCCACCCACAUGCUCGGCUCGUCCUAUGUGAGCGGUGCGAUGAUACAACCUCAGGUAGUGAACCAUUUCCGUCAGAAUCUCGGAUAGUUGCCUAUGGUAUCCUACGCUUCGAACGUGAAGCCAAACAAGACGUGGUGUACUGUUACGAGCUCCAAGUGGCCGAGGAGUCUCGGCGGCUCGGGGUUGGGAAACUCUUAACUAGUGCUCUGCUCGAUAUUGGCUCGCAAUGGGGGAUGAAGAAAGUUAUGCUGACCGUCUUUAAAGCCAACAAUGCUGCACUUGCUUUCUACAAAUUUUUGGGCUUUGAUCUCGAUCCCAGUUCACCUGGACUUGCGGAGGACGAUGGCUGGCAAGAUGAGGACGAAUUAGACUACGACUACGUUAUUUUGUCUAAGUCUAUACUGUGAUGUCCGACUGGAUUUAUUACUGUUAUCUAACUACAAGUUAUGCUGAUAAUUCAGACUUAGCUUGUGUGAAUGA